AUGAACCAAUUGGAGUGGUUUGAUAGGCUGUGCAGGAAGGCCAGCAAGGAGAGCAUUACAGUAGUCCAGCCUGGAGAUUAUGAGGGCCUGGAUCAGGAGUUGUGCAGCAUGCUCCAUCUAAAUGUGAGGUUGGUGAAUGGUGGCAGUCGUUGUGCUGGUAGAGUUGAGGUUCUUUAUGAUGGUCACUGGGGAACAGUGUGUAGUCGUGGUUGGGAUAUGAACGAUGCUGCAGUGGUAUGUAGAGUCGUGAACUGUGGAGAGGCUUUACAGGCUCUGGUUGAUGGUCAUUUUGGACCAGGAUCAGGACCAAACUGGUUUGAUGAUGUGGAAUAUCACAAAGCUGCCAGACUUGUAAAUGGAGCUCAUGUGUGUUCUGGAAGAGUCGAGCUGCUUCGUGGGAACACCUGGAUGUCAAUGUGUGAUGCUGUGUUUGAUGAUCAGGAUGCAGAGGUUGUGUGUAGAGAGCUGAAAUGUGGGGUUCCUGUACAGCUGCUGGGUGUAGAUACUUUUGGUAAAGGAGAGGAGCAGUGCUCUGGGACUGAAGAUCAUCUGAGGAACUGCAGCUCUCCACAAACUCUCAACUGCAGCGCAACACAACAGCUGUCAAUCACCUGCCAAAAACUCACAGGUCAGCGGUCCAUCAGGUUGGUGGGUUCUGGUGGAGAUUGUGCAGGAAGGCUGGAGGUUUUUCACAAAGGCUCAUGGGGUACAGUGUGUGAUGACUUCUGGGAUAUUAAAGAUGCUCAUGUGGUGUGCAGACAGCUGCAGUGUGGAGUGGCUCUCAGUAAUCAGCCAGUACCAGUCUGGUUUGGUCCUGGUUCUGGACCCAUAUGGCUGGAUGAUGUGAAUUGUGAGGGGAACGAGACGUCACUGUGGAGCUGCUCUUCACGGGUCUGGGGAGAUCAUGACUGUAACCAUAAAGAGGAUGUAGGAGUCGUGUGCUCAGAGUUUAAAGAGCUCAGGUUAACUGAAGGCUGUGAAGGUAAUGUGGAGGUUUUCUAUAAUGGAUCCUGGGGUAAUGUUUGCUGGAAUCAGAUGAACAGAGACACAGCGAGUCUGAUCUGUCAAGAGCUGAACUGUGGAAGAUCUGGCAGUCUGUCUGAUUCAACAUCAAGAGUGCGAUCAGCUCAUAACUGGUUGGAUAAUGUUAAAUGUCGACCACAUGACUCAAAUCUGUGGCAGUGCCCGACUUCAGCCUGGGGAAAUAAUAGCUGUGGUCAAAAUGAGGUGGCUCAUAUCAUCUGCUCUGAAGAAAAGGUUCGUGACAUUCCUCGGAGUCAUCUGUCAUGUUCUACCUCAGCAUCUCCUCACCAGAAACAAUGUUCAAAUCAUCUUCCUCUCAGACUGAGUGGAGGGAAGGGUUGA